UGGACAUCGACAUUGAACUGUUAGAUGUUAGAGACACCAGGAACCAGGAAGCUUUGAGAAUCAGCAGAUUUACCCGUAAAAUACUAGUAGUGCAACCUUUAAGAAACCCAGUCACAAGGGCAGCAGCAAAAGCAGCAAUACCGGCGGUAACCGACACACCGACACAACAACCACGAGAUCGAAAGAGGUCGAAGAGAGAAAUCAGAUUGCAAAAGAAGAAGGCUGCUAGCUAGCUAUUAAUAGCUAAAUACUUGUAGUAUUGCUCGACGCUCCCUUAUCCUGUUGCUGCCAUUACGGUUAACUAAGAGAGUCGAUUCAUUCCAAUCAUUCAUUCCAUCUGGAGGAGGUAUCAGGACGAUGACAACAUUCGCAGAAAGUGGUAGAACCAACUACGGUGAAACUGCCGUGUUAUCGUCGAGCGAUCUGGUGAAUGGGGGUAGCAACCACAACAGGGGGGUUACUUCCAUUGAGGACUCCAGUACUAAUAGCAGUGUGGAUACCCCUCUGCAAGGAGCGGACCGACAGCAGUCUGAAGACGAAGAAACGGCACCCCCAGAACCAGGCAAAGACAAGCCCGCAGCAGCGACCGCCCCGAUUCCUGGUUCGGCUACUUGGUCGGCCACAUCGGAUGCAAUCAACAGCUCCGCCAAGGCUACCGCAGAUAGGAAUUACGCCACGAUACCUGGAGCAGCCUCGAUACCCGGAGCAGCAUCGGUACCCGGCGCCGUUGCGGCAUCUCCGUGUACCUCCAAGAAGGAGAAUCCCAAGAUAAUUGUCAAACUGGAUACCAGUAGUAGCAAAGAACUGGAUACUAGUAGCAAAGAGCUGGCUCCGGGUCGGAAUGGAAGCCUAGGAGAUAAGAUACCUCCUCCACGCGCUGCCGUGCUUGGGAGACCAGUUCGAACACUGGGAGGGAUGACGGAAGAGCAAGUGGGAAUGGACUACAGUGCUGCUACAACGACGGAAGAAACAAUGUCCAGUCAAUCUGUUGAAGUCGACGUCGAAUCCGGCAUUGUGGCUUCCACUCCCUAUCCACCAGAACGUCUGUCUGAAGAGCAAUCGCAACAACCAGAGGCUGCUCCCGACGCAACAACCGCCCUAGAAAAUAAUAGUGAACGGGGACCAGAACCAUUGGAGUUAAUACCCCCUGCCGAGGACCAGUCAGCCACCCUCGACGUUUUUGACGACGAAGAAGAAGAGAGUCCUCGUGCAGAAGAAGGUGAAACGGACGAAGAAAAUCCACCAGAACCCGUCGCGUUGGCAGACGAUAAUGGCUCGGAAUCACUGAGAUCAUCAGCACAGGACACCACCAGUCCUUCUCCGCCCGCGGCGUUGGCACCUCCCGUCGAAGAAAAUCCACAAAACAAUAGCAGCAAUAAUUUCGGCGGUCAUCAGGAACAGCAACGGCGAAAUGGUCAAGAUCCAUUGCCUCUGGCGGUCCCCGUUCCAGAACCACCCUCCUUGAGACAUGGUACGUCCUACGGAUCCUAUGGAGGAUCCACCGUAAUGUCGCAGGGAGUAGUGCAGGCACAACCCUUGGAAGAUUGGACCGAAGAAAAAGAACGCAAAAGGUGUUGCUGUACAUCCACCAAUGGACGCGGAUGGCUUAGCCCUACCCAGUGGGCUGUGGGAGCGCUACUGUUGGUGAUUCUCAUUGUGGUGGGUGUCGUGAUUGGCGUCACACAGGCCAAAGAUAGUGGCGACAACACAGACGAUCCUUCGUAUGGUGGUGGUGUCAACAAUUCCACCAACAAUCUAGAGAAUAACGCCACCGAGAUCGUUGAGACGACACGGGCACCGACGAACCAAGAGAAUACGGCGGGCAGCCCUCCCCUCACAGACUGUCGAAAGUAUCCGUCCUUCACCGAUCAGCUUCAUUUCCUGACACUGCAGGCACUCGAUGAUCGAUGCAGUCCACAAUCCAGAGCCAACACCUGGAUGAUGGAAGAUCCAAAUCGCGAGACCUACAAGUUUGAAAGACAGCUGCAACGUUUCUCAUUGGCCACCUUGUAUUAUUCAACGUCGGGAGAAGCAUGGAAGCAGAAUGAUCUGUGGCUCGAUUAUGAACAAGAUGAAUGCCAGUGGUACAAUCAGGUGGACGAGGAAGCGGAAGGACCCAUUUGCAAUGAAGAGUCGCAUAUCAUCAAGCUCAAUUUGGCCCGAAAUGACUUGAAGGGAGUCUUGCCGGUGGAAUUGUUCUUCUUUCCGGCCCUCGCAUCUUUGGAUUUGUCACACAAUGGUCUUUAUGGGACAGCCCCGACCAUGUUUGCGGGCGCAAGAUAUCUGCAACGACUGGUACUGUCAUCGAACAGUCUCACCGGUCAAUUUACUGCGGAAUUGGGUUUCGUUGCCUCCAAGCUGUCCAUCUUGCACAACGAUGAUAAUCUAUUCACGGGUGCCGUGCCUGGUCUUUUGCGGCUAUUGCCAAAUCUCCAUGAUCUGAAUAUUACAGGGAAUCAGUACACUGGUGCGAUACCCAACACCCUGGUGCAGCUGAGCAACACUCUGACCAAUCUCGAAGUGGCGGCGAAUUCGAUCUCUGGCGUGAUUCCAGCAGAACUAGGAAUGACGACCCACUUGCAACGAUUGGAUGUUGGAAGGAAUGAGGCCUUGGAAGGCACUCUCCCGACGGAAUUUGCAGCACUGAAAAACUUGACCUCUUUGAAUAUUGCAGGCACAAGUGUCUCCGGAUCACCUCCAGAUGAACUCUGUGCACUGCAACAGCAAGGACAAUUGGAUCUCCAAGCAGACUGUGGCGGAGAGUUUCAAUGCUGCAGCGUAUAGAAUGACUACACGGCCGGACAACUGUAGAAACUAAAAAGAAUCUUGUCAAAUUAUUUAAUGAUUCAUUAUGCAUUCUUCCAAUU